GCCAUGACCGCCGAGGAGAUGAAGGCGGCCGAGAGCGGGGCGCAGUCGGCGCCGCUGCCCCUCGAGGGCGUGGACAUCAGCCCCAAGCAAGACGAAGGCGUGCUGAAGGUCAUCAAGCGAGAGGGCACAGGCACCGAGACACCCAUGAUCGGGGACCGAGUCUUUGUCCACUACACUGGCUGGCUCUUGGAUGGCACGAAGUUUGACUCCAGUCUGGACCGCAAGGACAAAUUCUCCUUUGACCUGGGAAAAGGGGAGGUCAUCAAGGCUUGGGACAUUGCUGUUGCAACCAUGAAGGUGGGGGAAUUGUGCCGCAUCACCUGCAAACCCGAAUAUGCCUACGGUUCGGCAGGCAGCCCUCCAAAGAUCCCCCCCAACGCCACACUUGUGUUCGAGGUGGAAUUGUUUGAGUUCAAGGGAGAGGAUCUGACAGACGACGAAGACGGCGGAAUCAUCCGCAGAAUACGGACUCGGGGUGAAGGCUAUGCUAGGCCCAACGAUGGUGCUAUUGUGGAGGUCGCACUGGAAGGGUACUACAAGGACCGGCUCUUUGACCAGCGGGAACUCCGCUUUGAGGUCGGCGAGGGGGAGAGUCUGGAUCUGCCUUGUGGGCUAGAGAAGGCCAUUCAGCGCAUGGAGAAAGGCGAACAUUCCAUCUUGUACCUCAAGCCCAGUUACGCGUUUGGCAAUGCUGGGAAGGAAAAGUUUCAGAUCCCGCCAUAUGCUGAGCUGAAAUAUGAAGUCCACCUCAAGAGUUUUGAGAAGGCCAAGGAGUCCUGGGAGAUGAGCUCGGAGGAGAAGCUGGAGCAGAGCGCCAUCGUGAAAGAGCGAGGCACCGUGUACUUCAAGGAAGGCAAGUACAAGCAGGCUCUGCUACAGUACAAGAAGAUUGUGUCUUGGCUGGAAUACGAGUCAAGUUUUUCCAGUGAGGAAGUGCAAAAGGCACAGGCCCUGCGCCUGGCCUCCCACCUCAACCUGGCUAUGUGUCACCUGAAGCUACAGGCCUUCUCGGCAGCCGUGGAAAGCUGUAACAAGGCCCUGGAACUGGACAGCAACAACGAGAAGGGCCUCUUCCGCCGGGGAGAGGCCCACCUGGCUGUGAACGACUUUGACCUGGCACGGGCUGACUUCCAGAAGGUCCUGCAGCUCUACCCCAGCAACAAAGCGGCUAAGGCCCAGCUGGCUGUGUGCCAGCAGCGGAUCCGCAAGCAGAUUGCCCGGGAGAAGAAGCUCUACGCCAACAUGUUUGAGAGGCUGGCAGAGGAGGAGAACAAGGCGAAGGCAGAAGUGGCCGCAGGCGACCAUCCCAUGGACACAGAGAUGAAGGAUGAGCGGAACGACGUGGCUGGAAGCCAGUCUCAGGUGGAGACAGAAGCAUAGCCUCUCUGGCCUGGCUCCUGCGACUGCCCGCCUCCUGCUCCCCUGCCCUACUCCACCCUGUUAGUUUUGUAAAAACUGAAGAAUUUUGAGUGACUUAGACCUUUAUUUUUCUAUCUGGUUGGAUGGUGGCUUUGCGAGGAGGGGGGAAAGACUAGGCUGGGAACGCUGAGGUAGGGCUGAUUCUAGGGAGUGUCACCCGCCCCCCUUCCCCCAUCACACGUGAAUGUACAUCCAUCCACACACACGCAACUGAAUGUUCGUGCAUUUUGCUCCCUCUGUUAGGUCUACUUUGCAAAUGGUAGAAGGGGGCAAGUGGUGGGGAUGGGGUCUGAUGUGAAACCAGGGUGGAGAGGGAGACCGACUCCUGGGCAGCUGCUUUCCUGAUCCUUGUCCUCUCCCAGUCCCUUUCAAACUGUGGCCUCCAGGUGGGUGCUGGGGGUGGGGAAACCAUUGCUGUGCCUGUUACCUCUCAGUCCCUUCCUCACCCCAGAUGGUGUGGCUGACUGUGUCUGGUGUCCAAGACCACCCCCGUCCCCCAUUCUGGUAUUGGCCUUCCUAGCAGUUUCCCUUCUCAGCCAGGUUGUAUCCCCACCCUCCCACCCUGUCAGCCUCUUCUCUGCACGUUGCUGAAAGUCCAGGCUCGCCUCAAGUUCUGUGCUUGAGCAAUAAAGUGGAAACAAUAAAA